UUAUUCAAGCCUUUUCCAAAUAUGUUUUGAAAUAACCGAGUCCUCUGUCCGCAAUUUCAAGUGCUCAACCAUGUCUGAAGUUGCUCAAGAUUUCUCUCCUUUACUUCGACUAUACAAAGAUGGUCACAUAGAGAGACUUCUGGGAGUAGAUAUCAUCCCUCCUGUUGAUCCCAAUUCCAAUGUCAUGUCCAGAGAUGUCGUCUAUUCACCUGCGCUAGAUCUAUCUUGUAGACUUUACCUUCCAAAAGACACAAAUCCGAACCAAAAACUGCCCCUCCUAGUUUACUUUCACGGUGGAGGCUUUCUGAUAGAAACUGCCUUCUCUUCUACUUACCAUAAUUACCUUAAUACCUUAGUAGCCGAGGCUAAUGUUAUAGGAGUCUCCGUAGACUGCCGAAGAGCACCUGAGCAUCCUCUUCCUGCAGCAUACGAUGAUUCAUGGACAGCCCUCAAAUGGGUUGCAUCUCAUGUUAAUGGAGAUGGGCCUGAGGAGUGGCUAAACUCUCAUGCUGAUUUUAGCAAGGUGUUUUUUAAUGGGGAUAGUGCCGGUGCUAAUAUAUCACACCAGAUGGCCAUGAGACACGGUCAAGAGAAACUAGUUGGUGUUAAUGUUGCUGGGAUUGUUUUGGCACAUCCAUACUUCUGGGGUAAGGAUCCUAUUGGUAAUGAGCCCAGGGAAUCAUCACAAAGAGCAUUUGUUGAAGGUCUGUGGCGUCUGGCAUGCCCUACAUCAAAUGGGUGCGAUGACCUUUUACUUAAUCCACUUGUCGAUCCAAACUUGGCUCGGCUGGAGUGCUCCAAGGUGCUUGUUGCUGUCGCUGAAAAGGAUCUGCUGAGAGAUAGGGGGUGGCACUACUAUGAAAAGUUGAGGGAGAAUGGAUGGAGUGGAGAAGUGGAGAUCAUGGAGGCCAAAGGAGAGAGUCAUGUGUUCCAUCUGUUCUCUCCUCCUGGAGAGAACGCUAGGCUUAUGCUUAAAAAAAUAUCUUCUUUCCUGAAUGAGGACAAGGCCUAGGAUAUGGGGAGAGUUUCUCUCAGAUAUUUUCAACUCUCAUUCAUGGCGACGUGGACGGAUAUCUGGGAGGUGGAUGAUGAUAGAUGCCGUGUUUCGUAACUUGUCUCUUGAUCCGGAAUAUAAUAAACAUGAGAAAAAGUGGAGCUAGCAUACCCUCAUUAGCAGAAGAAUAUAUCAAGUGUCGUCCUUUUUUUGUGGACGUGCAUUGUGUAGGUACUCGUCUGCAAUCAUUUCUUUUGAUAGUCGGAAUCAGAUUCUCAACUGGGACUGUCGAUUCCGCUCCAUUCCGAUGACAGCGGUCGGAAUAUCCCCCACCGUUGCUAUCUUGCUAGCAAUCUAGGGUCAUCUCCGGAGUUUUUCCGCUGACCAGAAUGUCUUUGAUAUUUCAUAAAGAUCUGGUUCUUUGAGGAUGUCGUUGAAGAUGGCAUUUUUAAAGGGCAACGUUAAUGAUUUUAAAUGCUCAUGACUGUUCCCAACCUUCUAAUAUUCAAACGCUUUUAAAUUUGUAAAUAUUAUUUUGAAUUAAAUAAAAUACUGGUAGUGUAUUUCAUUCUA